CACAGUUUAUUACUGUCGCAAUGGCAGGUUAUAAGAAGAAGGAUGACAAUAAAGCAACGAUGUUGGUGGGUUCGACCUAUGAACAGGCUACGAAAUGCUCAAGGAUUUUACCAUAACCUCGUUCAAAAAUUACUUCAGAGUGAUCAUGAAGAAUUCUUUGAAUUAUAUAGAAUGUGGCCCGAGCAAUUUAAUUUCCUAGUAAAUUUGCUUCAUCCUCAUCUAAAAAAAAAACAGUAUUCGAGCUUCUCUUCCUACAGAAUUGCGUCUUGCUGUCACUUUAAUGUAUUUAUCCCAAAGUGAUAGCGCUAAGUUGAAACAUGCAGAAUUUAGGAUAGGCAAGUCAACUGUUCAUAAAAUAGUAAAUGAAACUUGUCGAGCAAUUUGGACAGCGUUACAGCCAAUUGUUUUGAAACCUCCUAGUAAAGAAGACUAGAAAUCCAUAAGUGAAGAGUUCAUGGAAAAGUGGCAGUUUCCAAACUGUCUAGGAGCAAUAGACGGUCGUCAUAUGAGAAUUCAGGCUCCACCUAAUUCUGGAUCAGCAUUCUAUAAUUAUAAGCAAUUCUUCAGCAUAGUUUUACUUGCUAUUUGCGAUGCAUCGUAUAAAUUCAUAUGGGUUGAUGUUGGGCAGUACGGUUCGAUAAGUGAUGGUGGAGUAUGGGCUAACACAGAUUUUGCAAGUGAUCUGGCUGCAGGCAAUUUACUCUUACCAGAUCCGACAUCACUUCCAGAGACUAAUAUUCCUUUGCCUUUUUUUUUAUUGGCGACGAGGCUUUCCCAUUGUCAAUACAUAUGACGCGUCCCUAUCCGCGUAAAAAGCUGACUGAUGAUAUGAGGAUCUUUAAUUAUCGUUUGUCACGUGCACGGCGCACAAUAGAGAAUGUUUUUAGCAUUUUAACUGCACGAUGGCAUAUCUUACACAAACCUCUUUGCAUGUCAAUAACCAACUGCGAAAAUUUGGUGAAAGCCUUCAUCUGCCCACAAUUAUAUUAUGAUUGCGGAAGAACAGGAAAAUAUGAACAAUCGUUAGUAUUAUACAACAAAUUUAAUUGAUAUCGAGGAAGAAGAUGGCAGCAUUAGAGAAGGACAAUGGAGAAGGCAUUUUUCGUCACACUUUUCUGAAAUUGGUUGAAUGGGUGCUAACCGUGCAAAUUCUGUAGCGAAGAAAAUAAGAAAUACCCUUAAAGAAUAUUUUGUUUCUCCAAUUGGUCAAGCUCAAGCUCCAUGGCAACAUGAUUACACUUUUAGAGGGGCUAUUAUCAAUCCUCCU